CCGCCCGAGCGCUGCGCCUGCGCGGGGCCGGCGCUCCGUGGGCCCUCGCUGCAGCCUCGGCCGGGCCCCGCCGCGCGGACGGCCCCGAGCACGGCCCCUGCUCCUCCCCUUCAGGCCACACAGCGACUCCAUCCCGUCCCCAAACACGGCCCCUCAUCCUCCCCUUCACCACGUCCCCGAACACAGCCCCCGCGGCCCCAUCGCUGUCCUCCCCACAGAUGGCCCUCAGUGCCUCCCUGCCACCCCCGUGCCCCAGCUCGGCUCUCGGGCCUCCCUCUCCCCACGGACAGGGACGUGCCCUCCCCUUUGCGGCGGCAGCAGCAGCGGGGCAGGUGGGAGGUGGCCGUCACUGCCGUCUGCCCGUCCUGUGCCCCAGAGUCAGCUCCCCGUGGGUCCAGUGUGGACCUCCCAGCAUCGCCUCUCCAUCCCAUCUCCAGCUGGUAGGAUCAAGCCCUCCAGUGUUCUCCAGGGCACCCACCGCCCUCCACAGGACCCCCAGGAGCACCUCCCUUGGCGAACAGUCUCACCAGGUCUCAUCAGGCAAAAGCAACUUCCUGGUGUUGCACACAGCUCCUCACCAGCUGUUAGGAAGGAGCUUCUGGUUUCAAGGGAGGGGGCCUCAGAGAGGCUUGUCCAGAAUGCUUCAGGUGGUCUUCAGCAAAGAGGUGAGCACACAGGAAAGCAUCCACUGAUGGAAGAUGAUGUAUCUGGAGGGGAGAGACGCCAUGGUGAGGCACCUUCGGGCAAAGUUCCAACAGAACAGGAAAGAACCUCCCACCGUGGGUGGCUGGCCACAGAGUCACCCUGCAGCCUCUCAUGGACCAGAGCCAGGACAGACCUCUGUCAUGGCCUCCAAGGGUGAUCCUCUUCAGGAGGCUCCCUGGAGCAGGAGGGACUGCAACAGGCCCUCUCCACCUCACAGUACAGGUCAGAGUAUGGGACAGCAUUCACCUCAUUCUGCCUGCGAGACCCCGGCACGAAUGGUGUGUCAGAAGAAGGGGACGGCUCCAGGUGCCAACUUCCACCCAGUGCCUGCAAAGCCGGGAGGAGAUGUGUUGAACAAGAAGGUGGAAGCUAGCUCUGAUCCUCCCCACAGGAAGCCAGCCCAACAGACAUGGCCACCUGCCAAAGACAAGGGGGCUCCAGUGGUUCUUGCCAAAGGUGCAGCUGCUGCAGCCCCCCUGCUUGCUGUGGGAAGCCCCCAAAGGACACAGCACCCAGCUCUGCCCCGGAGGAAGCCUUUGCCACAUGUCAGGGCACUGGGAGUGAAGCCAGGCAAGCCCCGGCACCCUUCUGAUGUGGAUUUGGCAAAGUUCAGAGCAGCUGCACAUCCUGGGAAAUCCAUCUGUCCUGCCACAGAACCACCAAGGAGUGCUCAGCUGGGUCACCUGCAACCAGGCUGUGCUGCUUCAGUGCCUGCACGGUUUCCACUGCAGGAUGCUCCGAGUGGCAUGGGGGAUGAAGAUGAGAUAUACGAUGAUGUUGAGCCUGUUGAGCUGGCCAGGAAAAGCCCAGGCCUUCUGCUGCCUUCUGUGUCCCAGCUGCCAGUGUAUCCCUGCCCCAGAGGAAGUGGAAAUGCUGGCCGAGCCUCUAAUAGGGUUACCCUGCUGGCAGCUACACAGAGGUAACGGGGUUUUUUUACUCUUUCUAAGGGUCCCAAAAUGGCCAGGGCUCCUUGCUGUUCUGACAAAGUUGCUGCUUUAAUGGUUUCUGCUGGACUUGCAAUAGGAAGAGAAUCCCAGGUCUCCCAGAAGAUGAAGACCAUGACACUCAAGGCAUGCAAGAAGGAAGAGAAGAUGGACAGGGAGUUUCAGAAGAAAUUCAAGGUGAGUGAGCAGCAGCGAGUGAUCACUUUUCCCUUUGAGCUUCUUCUCCCCUUCUGGGAAGGGUGCAGUGCAAUGGCAGAAAGGAGCUGUGCAGCACAGGCACCAGUGAUACCCAGAUCACACCCUGCCUUGUUCCCCCAGAUCACACCUGCCCUAUUCCCCCAGGUCAGACCAGUCCCACAGACCCUUUGGCCAGAGAGGAAUCUGUUUUUUUUCAAGGAGGGAGAGUGGUCAGACCUGCCUGACUCAACUCCCCAUGGGCACUGCUGUUUGUGUUUCAGUUCAAAGGCAGCAUCAAUGUCCUGACUCAGAUGAUGGUCGACCCUGCAGCGACAGAGAAGAGGGGCAGAGCGAAGAACCUGCCACUGAGACGGGGAGAAAUCCUUGAUGUCAUUCAGUUUACAAAUCAGGAGAAAAUCCUCUGCCGGAACAGCCAGAGGAGGUGUAAGUCUGGAGGGUGAUGGGCCUUGCCCACAGCAAGGAGCACAGCACAGUUUUGGGAAGAAGCUUCUUCAUGCAAACACCCCCUGACAGACCUCUUGACAGAUCUCUACCUGAUAGACAGAUCUGACAGGUACCCUGCUACCUUGAGAAGGUUCCCACUUUUCUCUGCACAAAUGUCCUGCUCUUCCUUCCACUCAACAGCAGCAUUUCUGCUGUGAGCUGGGCUUAUCCUUUCCCUCUGCUAAAAGCUUUUGCAGUCCUUGAAGCCUCCAGAUGGAAUGGGCUGCAGAUCCCUCAGGCAGAGGGGAAGGGAUCAGGCUCUUCCCUGCCAGCUGCCAUUCAGCCUGGCAGGCUCCUUCCUGACACUGCCCAGAGCAGGUUCCUCCUGAGGGUCCAGCUCAUCUGCCCAGAGCUGGAUUCCUCCUUGUCCCAGCUCUUUCUGGGAACAUGAGGUGUUGCUAAACCCUGGGCAGGGGCAGGUGCAGGUGCUGGGGUGAUUCCUGCUCAUGCCCUGGUUCCCAGCACAACCUGACAUGUUUUUCUUCACUGUUGCAGAUGACUACGUGCCCCGGGCCACAAUGCUGCCUCUGUGAGUACCUUUCCCAGCCCCUUAUCUCUACUCCAUGAGCUGCAACAACUGUUCCAUGAGUGGCCAGUACCAAACUAGUCCUGGCUGACAACUCAAAACUACCCAGCUCAGGCUGUGACCAUAAGCCUAACACCAGCAGUUCCCCCUGGGUUGGAAUCUGCCAAUACUGGUGUCAGGAGAGAUUCUGUCGCUGGGGCACUGGAAGCACUCUCCAGGCUGUGGUCCCUCAUGUGGGACCUGCCCAGACAUUGCUCAGAGGCUGCUGCUGGGACAGGAUGAGGGUGCAGCCCCUCUGCAGGGCCAGAUCUGCAGCUCCUGGCAGCCUGGGAUGAGGCCACCAUCCUGAGAGGGGCCAAAGUCAUCCUAACCCCACUCCAGAUGGUCCCAGCCAUGCAGGGAGAGCACAGCACUGAGAGGGUGGAACACCAGCGACCACAGACAGGUCAGGAGGAGCUGAGACAGACACAGCAGCAGGAGCUGGCCCUUCAGGGUUGGGAGGUGGUGGAACAUGGGACACCACACUACCCACAGCACCCCAUCUUUGUCCUUGCAGGGACACUGACAUCUAUGAUGACGUUGAAAUUUAUGGCUGAGCUAACCACGCUGAGGCCAAAGGCACAAGACAGCACCACAGAGACCUCCCCAAGAGCUGAAACAUGAACAGCACCAGACACCAGGCUCCUUUUGUGAAGGAGCUCUGCUUCCUCUGAGACAGACUGCAAAACCACCUUUUUCUGUCCCUGCCAGAGCAGAACAGUAGCAUGGCUGCUCAGCAUCUGGGGCUGCACAGAUCCUGUCCCAUGGGGCAGGGGGCCCCAGAUCCUCGAGUCACACCAUCACCAUAGCUCUGUUUUGUCUGUGUAAAAUUAUAGCAAUGGUUCAAGAGGGUUUUAUGGCCCUUUUUUUUCUUUUGGGGGGUGGGGAGAGAGGGGUGAAAUCAGGCCAAUAAAGAUUUUGAUAUUUUCCUAUUCCCAGAGCAUCUUUAGCCUGGGACCCACCUGCCCUUUCUGCACCACACUCUGGCCUUAGUGGUACUCCUUGUGGAUAUUCUCAGCUCAGUCAGAUAGAAAGAGAAAAGGGUUUUCUAACCAGGCAAGAGCCUGGAAAGCAGUUGGGAAAGAAUGUAAAUAAUUCUCUAAUCUAUCUUGUUGUUCACAUUGUUUAUAGAUAUGUUCUGCCUCUGUGCAUCAUUCACUGCACACCAAUGGUGUGGGAUGUUUUUACUCUAAGACCAAUGAAAUUAGUCUUCUCGAUGUUCUCUAUAUAUAGA